AGUUCAAAAAGCAAAACAUUUUCGGUAGGUGUAACGAGAUAGUGUUUUUGUUACAAAUAUUUAUUUUAAUUUUGUUAAAUCUUUUCCAUACGAAUUUAAAUUCCAACAUGUUGGAUGAAAAUAUAACUGUAAGUGACAAUUCAGAUUUAGAAGACAUAGCUCCUCCGGAGUUGCGCGGAUACUUGAGUAAAUGGACGAAUUAUAUACAUGGGUGGCAAGAUAGAUUCAUUGUGUUAAAAGAUUCAACGCUGUCCUAUUACAAGAGUGAGCUGGAGAGUAAUUUAGGAUGUCGCGGUGCACUUUGUUUAAAAAAAGCUAAAGUCAAGCCACAUGAAUUUGAUGACCGCAGGUUUGAUGUGUCUGUAAAUGAUUGUGUGUGGUACUUAAGGGCAUCCAAUCCUGAAGAGAAGCAGCAAUGGAUUGAUGUUUUAGAGUCUUUUAAGGUGGAAUCAGGGUACGGGACAAAUUCAGACAGCAGCUCUAAUGGAGGUGGUCUCAGAAGACAUGGAUCUAUUACCUCUUUACAGUCUACUGGAUCUCAUGGCCGCACAUCCCGCCGUCUGGCUGAAAAAAUCGCCGAGCUCGAGACAUACAACGAUCUAUUGUCAAAGCAAUCAAUUCAACUGCAACACUAUUUUGACGUUUGCAUCGCGAGUUACCCACAGAUAAACGAUGACAUUGCCGAAGCGAUUGACGCUGUCAAACUGGCUGACAGUAUAGAUCAAAAGAAAAACCUAAAUGAGGUGAGAGCGACAAGCACAUCGUUCCGGGCGACUUGUAGCGCGACUAUCGCCACGGUGCAACACUGUGUCGACUUGUUGAAGCGACGCGAGAAACAGGCUCGAUCCGCUGAAGAGUUAUACAUGGCAUUGAAGAAUCAGUUGAAUGAAGCUCGCUUGGCGUCAAAACCCGGGCCUGAUUACGAGGAGGGACCCCACUCCACCCUUCCAGACGACGAGUUCUAUGAUGCGGUUGAGACAGGCUUCGACAAAAUGGAGGAGGAGAGGUGUGCCCGCGUGUCCUCACCCACGGAGGUCACAAGGGACGAGGUGGAACUGCCACCGCCGGCCAUUGAUAACAGACUAACAGUGCAUCCAUUGUGGGCUGAGAUCGACAGGAUAUCCACGGAACAGAUUCAGGCUGCGUUUGAAGGUGUAGGAGGAGAGAUUGGUUGGCAGCUCUUCGCUGAAGAGGGUGAUAUGAGAAUGUAUAGGAGAGAAAUGGAAGUAGAUGGAAUGGUCAUGGAUCCGCUGAAGGCGAUACACAAAGUCCGGGGCGUGUCUGCGAGGGAGAUGUGUCAUUACUUCUUCAACCCGAGAUACCGAUAUGAGUGGGAGACGACCCUAGAGACGAUGAACAUCGUGGAGGCCGUGUCGUCGGAUACGCUGGUGUUCCACCAGACCUUCAAGCGCAUCUGGCCUGCCUCGCAGAGGGACGCGCUCUUCUGGUCGCACGUGAGGGCUGCGCCCCACAACACAUACGCCGUCACCAACCACUCCACCGCGCAUCCGGAUUACCCGUCCAACACGGGGGCCUGCAUCCGCCUGCUGGUGACGGUGUGCCUCGCGUGUCGCUCCACCUUCCCGGCCAACGAGACCCCCGGACGCGACAACAUCACCACCAGCAUCGCUUACUGCAGCACGGUAAACCCCGGCGGUUGGGCGCCGGCUGGGGCCUUGCGAGCGAUCUACAAACGUGAAUAUCCGAAAUUCCUUAAACGAUUUACAAACUAUGUGGUCGAGCAAUGUCGGGAUAAACCGUUAGCUAUCUAAAUAUAUAUAUAUAUAUAUAUAUAGAAAUCUGUUGGGACAUCGUUUGUACCGUCAAUUGGUUAAAAUCAAUAUUGUUUCUCUAACUAAAACAAAAUAGUCAACAUAAAAGCAUAUUUAGAAUUUACGCAUAGAACAAUUCCAGCACUGGAGGCGUACGAGGCCUUAUUCUGAUUAUUAGAUCUCAUAACUUCUUUAAUUGUUUGUCAAAGUCCGAGAUAUCUACGUAUGUAUGUCAAAUUUCGUAAACACAGUGGGAGCAAAAUUAUUAACAAUUGUAAAUUGUCAUAGUGCUUUAGAUGUUACUUUCUUCAGUCUUUCGAUUUUAAUACUAUUUUUUUUUUAGUUUCCAACAACUAAAAAACUAUUUCUUUAAAAAUGCGUACGCGUACGCUUGCCUCUAAGAGCCGACGACCGUGUACGCACAAACUGCUUCAUUUGCACGGAUCGCCCAGAAUUCAUCUCUAUGAUCCGACCAUUUCGGCAAUUGUUUAUCUAAAUCUCUUUGAUGAAUCAUAAUUAUUCAGUAUUUUUAAAGAGAUGUAUGCACCGACUCGAAAAUACUGUAUAUAAAGCAAUCGAUCUGUAGUCUAUGUAAAGUAAACUAUAUAAUGUAAUAUAUGUCUGAUAUGUAUAAAUCCAAACAAACAUUCUCGUAUGUACAGACCUAGGAUAUAGUCACGUUUUUAAAUGAUUAUUGUUAGUUAGGACUAAACAUAUAAUAUUUAAUGUAUUUAUAAGCAGUAUGAGGAUUCGGCUGUUGUCGUUUGAGAUAUGUUUUUGCGGCCCGUCGACCAUUUGCCUCGAGGUAAGACUCGGAGAGUAAUUUUAUAUAUCGGAGUUAAAGCUAAUUGUCGAUUUUGAAUGUUAUCUUAGAACUAAAGUUGAUAAUUAUCAGGAUUUUUUGUUACAUUUGUCUAAACACGAAAUUCAGUUGUAUUUUGUUUAAAAUGUCGGUUUUCAGAUAAUUUAAGUUUCAGACAAAGCUAUCCCUAACGCUAAACAAAUUUGUACGGGAAUGACAUGUGACUGAAAUGUUAUUUUGUCUCUGCCCCUAAGCUGGGUUAAGAAGUGUUUUUAUCUGUCGGUCGUAAAUUGUCAAUUGUCGAUAUUACAAACUGUCACACGGACGACAUAAUGGCCGAUAUAUUCGAUUGACUUAAGGGAUUCGGGCACAGACUAUUUCCGCCAUGCUAUAUUAACCGAAUUGAAUUAAUGAAAGAUUAUUUUUUUAUGCUCAAUUUAUCUGACGCGAAUUAAAUAUCGUUAAGUGUAAUAUGAUAAGGUCGAUCGUAUCGGAAUUUUUAAGAAGUCAUAAAUCGUAACCGCGGCUCAUUGGCGCUGUCUCGUUUUACUAACCGGUGAGUGAAAGAGUCGGCAAUAUAUUGAGUUAUGCCUUUGUAGUUUCACGUUUAUUGUGCAAAUAUUCAUUUAAAGCCAAAAGCUAGACUACUUUUGAAUGCCUCAUCCAUUUUAUUGUUAUAAAACAGCGUUGGCUUGAAUGUGUCCCCUAACCCGAAGGUCUUGGGGCUUGGGGAAACGUCUUACAAAAUAUACAAAACUCUCUCAGAGUUGUAGCGCUACUUUUAUUAUCAUAUUUUACUACGUUAAGGAAUUAGGAAGAACUUGUUGCGUCGACCCUUUGUAAUGUUAGUAUUUGAUUUGAUAUUUCUAUUUUACACGACUCGAACCGACUUCCUCAGAUUACAUUUAUCGUUAAGUGAAGUACUUAUACCGUUUGGACACAGACGAUAAAAAUCGUGUUGGACUAUAAUUUUUUUUUUUAAUUUUUUUUUUAUUAACAUUGAGCUAUCGCAAGUUUCAUUCCAACUAUUUUAUGUACAGAUUGUUUUAACUCGUAUAGUAUUUUUUAAAAGAGAAAACGGCUAAGUCACGUCAACGUUAUUUAAAGACAUGGCAGUUACGGGUCGUUUUCUUAAAUAUUUAAAAAAAAAUGUUAAAUUUGUCAUAUUUGCAAAUGAUAAUGUAUAGGGGAUUAGCAUACCGGUUUCGGGAUUUGGUGAAACAUCGAAUUGAUGCCAUAACGGAAUUAUCGUGAGUACAAAGGGACCUAUUUGUUGUUACACUUUCCGUAUUCUGGAUUUACCGUUAUUUAGUUAAGAUAAUUUAAUAUUAUGUAUAUAUUUGAUUGUGUCAGAUUUGUAUGUAGCGCGUUUUUAAGAAGUAAAUCCUUUUAACUAAAACUUGUCUGUUUUCAUUUGCUUAUGCGUACUUAUGAACUGUCAUUUUCAAGUUAUGUCCGUUUGUCAAUGUCAAGUUUUAUGACAUUGUGUUAUUUGUGCGUAACUUCGUUGAAAUUUUUUAUUCAUUUAUAUAACCAACCAACACAUAACCUUCAUACAACUCUGACACUCUAUUCCAUGUCGUGAUUGGAUAGAUAUUUUCAAUUACGUCAAAGAAUAUGAAUUUUGGGUAUAUCGAAAUCGGGAUUAAAUUGCAUUUAAUCUGAUUACUGGAAUGCGUACUACUAUCACAAAAUACAUCUCCGUUAUUUGAUGUUUGUCAAAUACGUUUUUGACACGUGGAAGUCAUAUUUGGCCUUGUCCCAAAUUUGACUCUACACUAGAGGCAGAUGCUCGGGUAAAGAUUUUUGUUAGGUAGCCCAGCCCGCCUUUGUAAAAUAUAGAAACGUUAAAAUAUUUAAAUGGCGGUAGGUCUAUUUUGUGAUAGGUUUUGAGAAUGAUUUUUUUUUAAUAAUUGUUUAUAAUAAAAUGUUUUAUCAUUUA